AUGACGACGACCACUUUUGUUUUGAUCUAUGUCACAGGUGAGAUGGACGACAUGUGGGUUGAAGACGGAAAGUUUCUUCUAAGUUGGUUUAGAUCUGCAAUGUUAUCAAAGUUUGUGCCAUAUGCUCAAAAAGGCUUUGGAUGGCAGAGGGAUAAAGCUCUUAAACGGGGUGAUGGUGGUUUAUGGAGUAGAAAUUUUGGAAAUCUGCAACAUACUUUUCAUGGCAAAAAUAACGAAUUAUGUGUCAUUUUAAUGACAUGGAGUUGUUCAAAGACUUAUAAGCUAAAAAGCAUGGCCCCAUUUCCUCCUUGUGAAUCAUUGGAAAAAUGUUGUCAACCAAACGAAGUGUGUAUGAGGCAAGUGUGGCCAGAGUUGUUAGGGGUGGCUGAAAAGGAAGCUUGUUUGGCAAUUGAGAAAUCGAAUACCAAGGUUAGAGCUGUCCCGGUGUUACCAACUGAGAUCCCUACAGCAGACUUUUGUUGCAAUAGGGUUUGGGUAUUUGUCGAUAAACAUGGUGGUGUUGUGAUCCAAGCCCCAAUGGUUGGUUGA